AUGGUAGAGUUCCUCAACAGCAACUCUCCCUUCUCCAUCUCUGAGGGAAUCUACUACAUACUGGUGGCUAGCCUGGGGAUCCCAUCAAACCUGCUGUCCAUAGUGGUGCUGUGCACACAGAGGUGCGGCGUGUCGCGCAGCACGGUCAUCUACCUGGUGUCUCUGGCCGUGGUCGACACCAUCUUCAUGGUCCUGGGGGGCCUGCUGGACGUGGGGGCCAGCUGGUGGGAGUCGGUGACGUCACAGGCCCCCAGCGCCCUCCUCUGCAACUUCGUCUCCUUCAACGAGCAGUGGACCGUGAGCAGCGCCCAGUGGAUCGUCACCGCCUUCACCCUGGAGCGCUACCUGGUGUGCCGUGGGAGAGGCCCGAGGCCCUGCCUCUGCUGUCGCCUGUCCCGGCCGCGGCGGGCGCUGCUGGUGGCGCUGGUGUCCGUGCUGGGCUCGCAGGCGCUCAGCCUGCCCUGCUGCUGGCGGUACCGGGCGCGGGCGGCGACGGGCGGGGAGCAGGGCUGGACCAGCGUCUCCCUGCUGUGGAGGAACGUCUCGCGGGUCCCCCUGGUGACGCGCUGCCAAGCGCUGCACAGCCCGAGCCUGCCCGCCGUGGUGUGGUCCUACCUGCUGCUGUCCAGCUGGCUGCCCAUGACCCUGACCCUGAGUCUGAGCGUGCUGGUGUCCCUGCACUUCCACCGGCGCGCCCGCGCGCUCGUGGCCCCGCUCGGCGGGGCCCCCUUCAGGGACGCCGGCUCCCGAAUGCGGCGCACCGGCCGCAUCCAGGUGGUGGUGGCGUUGGUGAUGGUCUUCCUCAACCUGCCCCACUACGUGACGCAGGGCAUCCUGGCCGGCCUGUGGGAGCAGGUCGGGCUGGAAGGGGCCCUGGGGGUGGCGGUGGCGGUAUCUGUGAUGCUGCAGUGGCUCAGCAUGGUCAGUCACUUCCUGCUGUACUGCUUCCUGUCGUCCGGGUUCCGCCGCGAGACGCUCGCCCUCCUGAGGCGAGUCUGCAGGGUCAGCGCGGCGCCUGCGGAGGCCUGGAGCGGCCACAGCGCACGCCGAUCCCAGGCUCCGCCUCCGCCCAGGAGUCAGGUGUGGCUGGUCCAGGAGGUUCUGGAUGACCACAGAAAAUGGCAGAGCUGA